UCUGCCGCCAUCAGUGAAAGACAAAGACAGAGUUUAUUGAAGGACAGUGAGAAGAUGAGUGAUCCAGAACCCUGCAGAAUUAAACAGGAAGAGACUGAAGAACUAAUAGAAGUGAAGGAGGAGAGUGAAGAUGAGGAGAAGCAUCAUGUCAAGAGUGAAGAAGAAACUCACACAAGCACAGAACACAGUGUUUUAAUGAACAGCACCGCUGUAAAACAUUUCGCCUGCACUGAAUGUGGAAAGAGUUUUGUGCGCAAACACGAUCUCAAGCGUCACAUGAAGAUCCACACUGGAGGGAAAGUUUACAAGUGUUUACACUGCGACAAGACAUUCUGUAAGCUAGUACAACUGAGAGCACACAAGAAGAUUCACGCUAAAGAGAAACUGUUUCUCUGCAUUGCUUGUGGGAAGCGUUUCAGGGAUUUAAUUUCUCUACGAAGACACACACACAAAUACCACGAACUGAGUGAAGACAUCGAGACCUACUUAAAUGCUCAUUCAAAGAUGAAGCUGUUUUUAUGCUCCUUGUGUGGAAAGAGUUUCGAUAGUCCACACAGUUUAAAAAAGCAUCAGAUGAUUCACACUGGAGAGAAACAGUACAAGUGUUCACACUGCGAAAAAACAUUCAAUAACUCAGGAAGUCUGAAAGCACAUGAGAUGAUUCACACCGGAGAGAGACCAUUCACAUGUACUCAGUGUGGGAAGAGUUUCACACGAUUAUCAAGCCUUAAACGACACAUGAUGACCCACACUGGAGAGAAACCGCACCAAUGUGAUCAAUGUGGCAAGACAUUUUCGAAGCCAUCAGAGCUGAAGUAUCAUCUUACAGUUCACACAGAGGAGAAGCCUUAUUCAUGCUCUGAGUGUGGAAAGAGUUUUAAAAGAAAGCCAGGAUUAAGAAAACAUGAGAAGAUCCACGCUGGAGAGAAACCUUACAAGUGUUCACACUGCGACAAGACAUUCUGUAAGCGUGGACAACUGAGAGCACACAAGACGAUUCACACUAAAGAGAAACUGUUUGUCUGCAUUGCUUGUGGGAAGCGUUUCAGGCAUAUAUUUAAUCUACAAAGACACACACAAAAAUUUCACGAACUGAAUGAAGACAUGAAGAAUUACCUAAACAUUCAUUCAAAGAUGAAGCCUUUUUCAUGCCCUUUGUGUGAAAAGAGUUUCAAUCGUCCAGACAGUUUAGAAAAACAUCAGAUGAUCCACACUGGAGAGAAACCGUACAAGUGUUCACACUGCGAAAAAACAUUCAAUGAGGUAAGAAAACAGAAAGCACAUGAGAGGAUUCACACUGGAGAGAAACCGUACACAUGUACUCAGUGUGGGAAGAGUUUUAGACUAUCAUUAAGCCUUAAUCUACACAUGAUGGUCCACACUGGAGAGAAACCACACAGAUGUGAUCAAUGCGGCAAAAGAUUUUCAAGGCCUCCAGAGCUGAAGAGACAUCUUAGAGUUCAUACAAUGAAGAAGCCUUUUUCAUGUUCUCAGUGUGAAAAGAGUUUUAAACUGCAGUCAAGUUUAAGAAGGCAUAAGAAGAUCCACACUGGAGUGAGAGAGUAUAUGUGCUUUGAGUGUGGGAAGAGUUUUACUACAGCUGAACAUUUGAAAACGCACCAGAGGAUUCACACUGGAGAGAAACCAGAUACGGAGUGUGGGCAAGACAGUUUUGAGGGCUGCAGAGCUGAAGAAACAUCUUAGAGUUCAUAUAAAGAAGCCUUAAGGCUCGUGCAGCACACCAGGACAAUGUUUUCAACAUGUCUUUCAUCAUUCAUACUCAAGUGAUUUUCACUGAUGAUGAGUAGAGUAAAUGUGCACAAAAUCUCUCCCUGAUGUUAGAUGGUGCUUAAUGAACUUAAAACUUCUGAAAGGAAAGUGAAAUUAAACUCUCCAUCGAGUCCUAUUUGAUCUGAAUUUUCUCUUUAUAGACAGCAAAAAAUGUUUAGUGUGUAAAGGUGCUGUAUGUAAGCUUUUGACUCUUCUAAAGCUUAAAUAUACCAUAAUAUGUUUGCAGAUAUUUAUGAAACAUGCUAAGUGAAUAUCCUUGUUUAUCUGAAAAACAUUGCUGAAGUCAGUUAUUCUCUUGUGAAAGUCUGUCUGUGUUUUGGUCUCUAUAACCAGCCCACUGCCAGUUUACCCAAUUAUAUUUCAGCACUCCGGGUUGACUUGAUGGAAAACACCAUUUUAUUUCAGUCGUGAUGGCUGCUACAAUUUAUCCAGCUGUGGCAAACUGUGAUUUCAUGGAGUCAUCAGAAGAGGGGCGGGGUCAAAAAUAAGUGUUUUGAUUUAGAGUGUAAUACCUAGUUUAACCACUGGAUGAGAAUCUCACAUACUGACCUUUUACACCUUGGGAAAAAAAUCUACUUGUUUCACUUUUACUUUUCAAGCUAUUCAGGAGCCAUGCGCACCCACUGACAGGUAAAGAUGUUUACUGUUUUCUUUGAACUGAGGGAUUGAGCUGCACUGGCCAGUGUUUGUGUGUCUUCAAGACUGAAUGGUGGUAUGGCAAACAUUUCAUUAGUGUCCUCCAAAUUUAUUCACCAUCUAUUCAUUUUAAGUAUAAUUAAAUUCAUCCAGCAACUGUUCGUCAGCGCUGUUUCAUGAUGACAGUUACUCAGAGCAUCAAAUAUAAAAGCCUCUACAACUCUGGCUGUGUGUGCUGUCAGCUGUGUAGCCAUAUACAAGUAUAGAUCAGACUUAAAGAGAGGGAUAAAGUAAAGUAAAAACCCAAACAAUGACUCUAUAAUGCAAAAGCUGAAUCCCUGAGAUUUUAGGACAUUUAGAAACUAGACAAAGAUGAUGUAUAGUCACUCUAUCAGAAUGUUUUAUUAUUGUAGGCUUUUAUCAGGAUGCAAUCAUUAUAAUUAUGCAAGGUAUCAAAAAAUGUCU